CCAGAGAAGAAGAGUAUAUAUUAAGUUUUUAAAAAAAAAGAAAAGGAAAAGGAAAAAAAAAAAGCUGAAAGAGACAAAUCUGAAACCCUAACGCCGAAGGAAAGAAGAAGAAGAAGAAGAAUCCUUCGAAGCUGAAGGAUCAUUCCCUCUCCGAUUUAUCUAAUUUAAUUAAAAAAGCCAUUAGAGCAAUCUACUUUCUCGUUGACAUGCAGGCGGUUAAUGCUUUUUAAGAGAAAAAAUAAAUAAAAAUAAACGGCAAUGGCGUCGAAAGGUCCAAGGUCUAAGCUUGAUCACGAGACGAGAGCUCGGCGUCAAAAGGCACUGGAAGCUCCAAGAGAACCCCGUCGCCCGAAAACUCACUGGGAUCAUGUUUUGGAGGAAAUGGUUUGGUUGUCGAAGGAUUUUGAGUCGGAGAGGAAAUGGAAAUUGGCGCAAGCCAAGAAAGUGGCUUUAAGAGCAAGCAAGGGCAUGUUGGAUCAGGCCACCAGAGGAGAAAAGAAAUUGAAGGAAGAGGAGCAGCGGUUGCGAAAAGUAGCGGUCAAUAUUUCAAAGGAUGUAAAGAAGUUCUGGGUUAAAAUAGAAAAGCUGGUGCUUUACAAGCAUCAGAUGGAGCUUGAUGAGAAGAAGAAAAAGGCACUUGAUAAGCAUCUUGAGUUUCUUCUAGGACAAACUGAGAGGUACUCUACAAUGCUGGCAGAAAAUCUAGUGGAGAAACCACCAGAGCAAUAUUUUGCACCAGAAAAACCGAGUAUUGCGGAUAGGGUAGGAGAUGAUGCUAAUACACCCCUGCAAGUUGUUGAUGCUCAUUGUUUAGAGGCCCAAGUGGACACUGCAGACAAUGACGAUGAGUAUGAUGUGCAAUCUGAAGAUGAAGUGGAAGAUGAUGAGCAUACUAUUGAGGAAGAUGAGGCUCUUAUAACCAAAGAAGAAAGGCAAGAAGAAUUGGAAGCUCUGCACAAUGAAAUGGAUAUUCCCCUUGAGGAGCUACUCAAGCGUUACGCUGUAGAGAAAGGUGGCAGGGAAAGUAGUGAAAAUGGAGCUAAGCCAUGUGCAAAUGGGGAAGAACAUUGUGAGAGCAAAGGAGAAGAUAUUUCUGCUGCUUGUGAGAUGGAGAUAAGCAGCUCACCUGUUAAUGCUGGUCGUCGUUGUGGUGAAAAUAAUGGUGCCUUGCCCAUUCCAGACAACAAUUUAUUGGAAAUUGGGGCAUAUGAAACCAGAAAUCAGUUAAGUAUCUCUGAGGAUCCAGCCAGAGAACAUGUGCCAUAUGAUUUCAAUGAUGAACAGGAAGAUGGUGAUUUUGAUCUUGCCGCUGAAGAAGAAAAGGAUGAUGAGACAACCUUGUUGGAGGAGGAAGAGAUGGCAAAAGCAGAUUCAAACAAUCCCAUAGAUGAGAUUUUGUUACUGCAAAAGGAGAGUGAAAUUCCUUUGGAAGAAUUGCUUGCAAGGUAUACAAAGGAGCCAAACAGUGAAGUUUCAGAGGAUGAAUCUGAAUACGCACCAGUAUUAUCAGACAAUAUGUCAAAUUCCCCAGGCCAUGAAGAAGAACUGAAGCAGCUGGAUAACUCAAUGGAUGAAAUGGUUGAACAUGGGGAACAUCCUCUUGUAGAAGAACAAGAGAAGGGAAAUGAAGAAAUUUCAGAAGAAGGAAGGGAGAGUGAAAGUAAGAUAGCUGAUGCUGCUGCUGCUGCAAGAUCUGCACAACCAACAGGCAAUACAUUCUCGACAACCAAAGUGCGCACAAAAUUCCCCUUUCUUCUCAAGUAUCCUCUUCGUGAAUAUCAACAUAUAGGCCUCGAUUGGCUUGUUACAAUGUAUGAACAAAGAUUAAAUGGGAUUCUAGCUGAUGAAAUGGGGCUUGGAAAGACGAUCAUGACAAUUGCUUUGCUUGCACACCUAGCAUGUGAAAAGGGAAUAUGGGGUCCUCAUCUGAUUGUGGUUCCAACAAGUGUCAUGCUUAACUGGGAAACAGAGUUUCUUAAAUGGUGUCCUGCCUUCAAGAUUUUAACAUAUUUUGGCAGUGCAAAAGAGCGUAAAUGCAAGAGGCAAGGUUGGCUGAAACCAAAUUUCUUCCAUGUAUGCAUAACAACUUACAGACUGGUUAUACAGGAUUCUAAAGUCUUCAAGAGGAAGAAAUGGAAGUAUUUGAUUUUGGAUGAAGCUCAUCUGAUUAAAAAUUGGAAGUCCCAGAGAUGGCAAACUCUUUUAAAUUUCAAUUCAAAAAGACGCAUCUUAUUAACUGGCACACCUCUGCAGAAUGAUCUCAUGGAACUGUGGUCACUAAUGCAUUUCUUGAUGCCCCACAUCUUUCAAUCUCACCAGGAAUUUAAGGACUGGUUCAGUAAUCCAAUAACUGGGAUGGUGGAGGGACAAGAAAGAGUGAACAAAGAAGUUGUUGAUCGUUUGCACAAUGUUCUCCGUCCGUUUAUCCUCCGUCGAUUGAAAAGGGACGUGGAGAAGCAACUCCCCAUGAAAGUUGAACAUGUAAUCUUUUGUAGACUUUCAAGGAGGCAGCGUAACUUGUACGAGGAUUUCAUUGCUAGUUCAGAGACACAAGCUACCCUUGCCACUGCCAACUUUUUUGGGAUGAUCAGCAUCAUAAUGCAACUUCGUAAAGUUUGUAAUCAUCCCGACUUAUUUGAGGGUCGUCCAAUUAUUAGUUCUUUUGAUAUGGCUGGUGUGGACAUCCAAUUGAGUAGUUCUAUUUGUUCAAUGUUUUCACCUGGCCCAUAUUCAUCUGUAGAUCUUUGUGCUUUGGGGCUUAUAUUUACACAUCUUGAUUUUAACAUGGUUUCUUGGGAGUGCGAUGAAGUAAAGGCUAUUGCAACUCCUUCAAGAUUAAUUGAAGAGCGUGCCAAUUUGGCUAACAUAGAAGAUGUUGGGCCUGGGUCUAAACAUUUGAAGAGAUUGCCUGGAACAAAUAUUUUUGAAGAGAUUAGAAAGUCAUUAUUGGAGGGGAGAUUAAGAGAGAUGAAGCAACGGGCAGCAUCUAUUGCGUGGUGGAAUUCUUUGAGGUGUCGGAAAAAACCCAUAUACUCAACAACCCUACGAGAACUUCUCACGGUGAAGCAUCCUAUCUAUGAUAUCCAUCGCCAAAAAGUUGAGCGACUCUCCUCGUUAUGCUCCUCUAAGCUUGGUGAUGUUGUUCUUUCACCAAUUGAACGGUUCCAGAAGAUGACUGAUCUCGUGGAAUCAUUUAUGUUUGCAAUUCCAGCAGCACGUUCCACUGCACCUAUCUUCUGGUGCAGUCAGACCAGAACUCCUGUGUUUCUGCAUUCAACUUAUGAGGAGAAAUGCUCUGAAAUGUUGUUGCCUCUUCUUUCACCUAUUAGACCUGCAAUUGUCCGGAGACAACUGUAUUUCCCAGACAGGCGCCUAAUACAGUUUGACUGUGGUAAAUUGCAGGAGCUUGCUAUUUUGCUCAGGAAGUUAAAGUCAGAAGGCCAUCGGGUAUUAAUAUUCACACAGAUGACCAAGAUGCUGGAUAUUUUGGAGGCUUUCAUAAACCUGUACGGCUACACUUACAUGCGUUUAGAUGGAUCUACUCAACCAGAGGAUAGACAAACUUUAAUGCAGCGUUUCAACACCAAUCCCAAAAUAUUUAUCUUCAUUCUAUCAACCCGUAGUGGGGGUGUUGGCAUCAAUCUUGUUGGGGCAGAUACUGUAAUCUUCUAUGAUAGUGACUGGAAUCCUGCGAUGGAUCAACAAGCCCAAGAUCGCUGCCAUCGGAUAGGACAGACACGUGAAGUGCAUAUCUACAGGUUAAUCAGUGAGAGCACCAUUGAAGAAAAUAUCUUAAAGAAAGCCAAUCAGAAGCGUGCUCUUGAUGAUCUAGUUAUACAGAGUGGAGGAUACAACACAGAAUUUUUCAAGAAGCUCGAUCCUAUGGAAUUAUUUUCUGGGCAUAAAACACUUCAGAUUAAGAACAUGCAGAGGGAGAAAAACAAUAACAAUGGAAAUGAGGUUUCUUUGUCUAAUGCAGACGUGGAGGCUGCUCUGAAAUAUGCUGAAGAUGAAGCAGAUUACAUGGCAUUGAAGAAAGUCGAACAGGAAGAGGCUGUAGACAACCAAGAGUUUACUGAAGAGGCCAUUGGGAGAUUGGAAGAUGAUGAAUUCGUAAAUGAUGAUGAUAUGAAGGCUGAUGAGCCUACAGACCAUGAGAUGACAACUUAUUGCAAAGAGGGUGAGGUGAAUUUAGAUGAAAAUGAUUGCAUUGAAGAGAGAGCUGUAACUUUUACUGGGAACAAAGAUGAUGUCGAUAUGUUGGCUGAUGUCAAGCAGAUGGCAGCGGCGGCAGCUGCUGCUGGACAAGCUAUCUCAUCCUUCGAAAAUCAGCUACGUCCAAUAGACAGAUAUGCAGUCCGUUUUCUGGAACUGUGGGAUCCAAUUAUAGACAAAGCAGCCUUGGAAUCCCAAGUUAGGUUUCAGGAGACAGAAUGGGAGCUUGAUCGUAUUGAGAAGUACAAGGACGAAAUGGAAGCUGAGAUUGAUGAUGAUGAAGAGCCAUUGGUGUAUGAAAGAUGGGAUGCUGAUUUUGCGACCGAGGCAUACCGACAACAAGUUGAGGCGCUAACUCAAUAUCAGUUGAUGGAAGAAAAGGAAGCUGAAGCUGAAGCUGAAGCUAAUGAGAAGGAAAGUGCAGAUGGACAUUUAGAUGCUAUGGUCAGGUGUAAAGUGCCACGCAAUCCUAAAUCGAAGUCUAAGAAGAAACCAAAGAAAACCAAGUUCAAAUCCCUCAAGAAAGAAUCUUUAACUUCUGAAUUGAAACACAUGAAAGUGGAGGCAUCAAUAGAAACUUUGUCUGCAGAUGAUGAGGACGACGACGACGACGUGAUAUAUCCUGAUGAUGGUACAUAUUCAGAUACUACGUCUCCUUAUUCAAGUGUGCAGAGAAAACGUAAGAAAGCAGAAUUAGCAAUUGAUAUAGACAAAAAGAGGUCAAGGAAGAAUAGCAAGAAAUUCAAAAAAGCUCCCGAAACGUGCUCUUUUGAUGUAGAUUCGGAUCUGUCUGGAAAGCAGCAUGGCAGGUCUAUGGAAUUAAAACCAUAUGAGGUGGUUUCUGAUCUUGAGCAGAAACCAGCUGGCAGGAGCAAGAUGGGAGGGAAAAUCUCCAUCAGUACCAUGCCAGUGAAACGGGUGUUGAUGAUAAAGCCAGAGAAGUUAAAGAAAGGGAAUGUUUGGUCGAGAGAUUGUGUUCCUCCACCUGAUUCAUGGUUGCCACAGGAGGAUGCAAUAUUAUGUGCUGUUGUACAUGAAUAUGGCCCUCACUGGAGCUUGGUCAGUGAAACUCUGUAUGGGAUGGCUGCUGGUGGGUUUUAUCGGGGAAGAUACCGCCAUCCAGUUCAUUGUUGUGAGAGAUUUAGAGAACUAAUCCAUAGAUAUGUUUUAUCUUCUCCAGAAUAUCCUAUCAAUAAUGAAAAGAUGAGCAAUAUGGUCUCCGGGAAGGCCCUUCUCAAAGUAACUGAGGAUAACAUACGGAUGUUAUUAAAUGUUGCUGCUGAGCAGCCAGACCAUGAGUUACUUCUCCAGAAGCACUUCACAGCACUGCUUUCUGCUGUGUGGAGGGUGAACUCUCGUGCUGAACGUCAACAGAACUUGUCAUCAUCUCGAAAUGCUCUUUAUAAUCAUGGAAGGGUUUUCAAUUCUUCUGUCAAUCAGUUACCUUCGAAUUCCUCAAAGGAAUCUGCAAAAAGAAUGAAAUUCACUAAUUUGGGACAUAGUAGCAAGUUGCUUGCUGAUGCACUCCAUGAUGCCAGCAGUAGAAGGCCAGAUGAUAGAGUUUCCUAUUCCAACUUGAGCGAAGUUGCUCCUGCCAUUGGUGAGCAGUUGGAAAUAACAUUGGAAUUCCAAAAAGAGGAAGAUGAUUCUUUGAUUCAAUUCCCACCUAUAAUAAGUUUGUCAAUACCUAGCUCAGCGCCAUUGACAUCAGUAAAUAAGGAUAGAGCAGAGGCUCACCAUCUCAGAGCAUCCACAAGUAUAGCUGAAAAUCGAUUCAGGGAUGCAGCAAGAGCUUGUGUUGAAGGAGAUCUGGGCUGGGUUUCAUCUUCCGCACCAGCAAAUGAUUUCAAGUUGCGGCUGCCUUCAAAGACGCAGUCCUUGGGAAAGCACAAGCUCUCCGUCUCCGAGUCAACCAAGCCUCCUAGGUCAAAGAUGAAGAAAACUUUAAUAGAGCACAGUCAAGGACACCUUUUUGCCGAGCCAGUAUCCCAGCCACUGCCUGUACUGUCAUCCAGGGAUCCCAAUUUAAGGUUUGACCUGCCGCCAAUAGCCAUUCAGGAUGACAAGGAUGAAUAUUCUAUCUCAUGCAUUGAGAAGGAGCUUUCAGCGGAAAUGGGGACCUGGGAUGCUGUCGCACAUGACUAUGUUCUUGGUUUCACAUCGGGUCUUGAUGAUUUUUCAUCGUUGCCAGAAUUUACUGACAUCGGAUAAGGUCAAACCACAGAACAGAACAUCUUUUUUCCGGCUUUGGCUCCCACGACAAAUGUGUACUGGUUGGAGGAGUGAGUGCCUUGCAGCUGGGCAACCAAUAACCGAGCUCUUGUGGCGCAUGGUGGUGUGCUAGGGCGACAUGAUUGAAUCACCUGCCCAUUUAGAGGACACCAAUCAAGGACAUGGUUGUCUCACAUGGCGGUGGGAGCUCGUCUGUAAGGAGGAUCUGAAUUCUGAAGUGGCUUUGCAUAAGGAUCCCCAGGGUAGUGAAAUUACAAAUGUAAAAUCAUUUUUUGAAUUCGAUUCUUGUGGGGGGAUGUGCCAAUUUUGUUGGGGUCAGUUGAUUUAUCAAUUUAUGGCACGCUUCCGCAUAGAAAGGAACUAGGCUAGGGCAAAAGAUAUGAAUGAAAAAUUAAAGGUUGAGCA